AUGCGCUCUCCAUCAGGCCACGUAAUAGAGGGAAGUUGUUUUAACGACCAGCUACAACAAGCAGCUGCAAAGUUUGCUUUCGCAGAUUGUUCUAAAGCUCUACAGCUCCAUUUCUUUCUCCUUUUGUUCCUCUCUACUCCUUCUUCUACUCAUCUUCCUACUCAUUCUCCUUCUCCUCCUUCUCCUCCUCCUCCUCCUCUUCCUUUUAUUGCUCCUCCCACUCUUCCUUCUCCUCCUUCUACUCCUCCUCCUCCUCUUCCUUCUACUCCUCCUCCCACUCUUCCUCCUCCUCCUUCUACUCCUCCUCCUUCCACACCUCGUCCUUCUACUCCUUCUUUUUACUCCUCCUACUCCUUAUUCUCCUCCUCCCCCUCCUCCUUCUACUACUCCUCCUCCUUCUUCUCUCCUUCUCCGCUACUCCUCCUCCCUGUGUCCUGA